AAAAAUGGCGAACCAGAUUCAAGCAAGACGCAAUUUGCGUCGUUUGAUUGACGGGUAUUCAUAUACCGUCCACAAGAUCUCCAACAAUGUCAGUUACCUGCGGUGUUCCGAAAGAUACCGACGUUGUGCGGGUAAAGGUCGAUCACAUAUUGAUGGAGGAGGAUUACAAGUCUUUGAACUAACGCACCAUCAUCUCCAUCCACCUAAUUUGCAUCUUGAAGACGAUUUGGCAUUCAUCAACUUAUUAUUCCAAGCCUGCCGCUGUCAAUUUCGUAGUCCACGAGUAAUUUAUGACGAUAUUGCACAAAGAUUCCCAGAUUCAGUAUUAAGUGUACCAUUUAAUGGAAUAUACCACGACUUACAUCGCUGGCAACGUCAGGGCCACGCAAUACUGCCGAACCCAACUUCAUUGUCUCAUUUUAAUGACAUAAUGAACUCGGCCGAGUAUUUGUCACGUCGAGUUCAUGACAGUGGAAGAACUUGGAUACGUUCAACGUAUCACAGGAGACAGGCAUCAACAUCGAUUUUAUAUGGAGAUCUCGAUUUUAUCAAUCGUCUAAGGAAUAUUGAUAAUUUACAUUUUCUAACGACUUCUGCAAAAGUACCCAAUAAUAUCGGUGCUUGCGAAGUGAUAACAGUUGUCGUAAACUGUAAUGACUAUGCUUUUCCUUGCUUGUGGGUUCUCCUACCAAAUCGCCUCCGUACGACUUACGACGACAUGAUCAGUGAAUUGUUGACUUUCUUCCGAAUUAAUAAUAAUCCAAGAAGUAUUUUUAUGGAUUUUGAACGUCGGCUGCAUGGUAGCCUGAAAGCUUCUUUCCUUGAAUCAACAAUUCAAACGACUUUUCACUCUUACUGUGUGGCAUUGCUGAUGGAAGCUGAUUUACAAGGCCUCAUACCGUUUCAAAACAAUGUGACUAUCGUUAUUCAACAACUUAUGGCCUUAAGUUGCUUACCAGCAAACAAUAUUCAAGAGAUGUUUGCUGAAGUUAGAAAUUCUGUAUCACCAGCUGUGCGGGCGACUGUAGCACAAUUUUUCAAUUAUUAUGAAAACUCAUGGAUUAAUGGUGUCACUCCAGAAAACUUCAGUUAUUAUGAGAAGUUGGAGGCACUGACCGACUGUGGGGUGGUGAAUCAAACUAUGUUUGCACAAGACUUGAAUUAUAAUGUGGACAUCUGGUCAUUUCAUCAGCAAAUUCUCAAAACUUGUAACCAGUCAACAAAAGACAUCGAAAGACUAGGAAAUCACGGAAGAAUCAACGUAACUCCUAGAGUUCGAACUCUUAUUAACCGCGACCAAGUGAAGCGAGCGUGGAAGUUAUUUGCAACUGGUAAAAUUACCGCUUCACGAUUAUUGCAGCUGAUGACGGUUUUAGUCGCAGAUAAUUUGAACAACCUUUUGCAUCGCCACGACUGGAUGGCUGUUGAAUUGGAUCUGAUAAAUGCUAACGAGCUACAAGAAAAUGCCGAAUUUGAAGAUUACGAAUAUUUGUUGGAUGACGGAGCAGAAGAUAAUGAUGAAGAAGCUGAAGAAAAUAAUGUUGCUGAGUAAAAUUUUCAUGCCAAAUGUAUGAGGGCGUUUGUAAGGGCGCUUUUCUAUCAUUUUUGUAUGAUGCUAUUUCUAUUUUAAUUAUCUUUUUAAAUUUUUUUUAAUAUUCUAAUGAUUCGAACAUUACUUUUGAAUA